AUCAAAGGGAAAAAAAGAGAGACGAAAAGCGAUGGAUUUCCCGCCGAAGAAACCCCCUCUCUUAACUUAUGGAUUUCUGUUGCUGUUUUUGAUCGCUUCCUUUCUUCUGAUCGUCGCCGGUCCUUCCGCAUACUCUCUGAAUCCUCUCGUUUUCUUUCCCACAGGCUUCCGAUGCCAUCGCUCCAAUUCGGUUGAAGAAUUAACCGAUUCCGUCGAAUCMCGAGACGAUCUGGAUGUGGCGCUUGCGAAGGCGGCGAUGGCGAACAAGACGGUGGUUAUCGCUGUGAUAAAUAAGGCGUAUGCGGAUCAAGGAAUCAAAGACGAUACGACGAUGCUCGAUGUGUUUCUCAGUAGUUUUUGGAUGGGAGAGGACACGAGACGAUUGCUGGAUCAUCUUCUCCUCGUCACCGUCGAUCAAACGGCGUACGAUCGCUGCCGAUUUCUGCGGCUUAAUUGCUUCAAAUUGGAGACGGAAGGAGUGGAUUUCGGCGGAGAGAAGCUUUACAUGUCAGAGGAAUUCAUCAAAAUGAUGUGGAGAAGAACUUCGCUCCUGCUCGACGUUCUCAAGCGUGGUUACAGUUUCAUAUUCACGGAUACAGAUGUAAUGUGGCUGAGGGACCCAUUUGGAAAGCUAAGUAAAGACGAAACUGAAGAUCUUCAAAUCAGCACCGAUAACUUCAACGGCAAUCACUGGUCGGACGCGAAUCCGAUCAACACCGGCUUCUACUUCGUCCGAUCCAACAACAAAACCAUAGCGCUCUUCGAUCGAUGGUACGCCAUGAAGAACGCCUCCGCCGGCCUCAAGGAGCAGGACGUUCUCCACAACCUAAUCCGCGCCGGCAUUUUCCGCCAACUUAAUCUCAAGGUUAGGUUUCUCAACACUCUGUUUUUCAGCGGAUUUUGCCAGAAGAGCAACGAUUUUAAGCAAGUCACCACCGUCCACGCCAAUUGCUGCCGGACGAUCGUCGCCAAGAUCGGCGAUCUCCGGGCAAUUCUCUGCGACUGGAAACGGUUCAAGAAGUCGACGAACGCGUCGGAGAUCUUCUGGUGGUCGGACCACGUCGGCUGUAAGCGAUCUUGGAGACAUUGAACGGAAAACGGCCGCCGGUGACGGUGAGGGAAAUUUAUGUGGAAUUUAAAUAAGUUCUGUUUUUAACUCAUAUUUUU